ACUAAAAUCAUUAUAGUAGAUCGACGGAAAAUAGUUCAUUAAUUACUUGAGUAAUCAAAAUGAAUAACCUAGAAAGUUCUGCUGACAAGUUUGUUUUUGUUAGAAUUAUUUGUAUUUCCCCUAAAAAUUUAGCAAUUAUUAAUUUUUGAAGAAGUGCUCUUCAGGGAAUCAAUUCAAUGUAUUUCGGAAACGAAACUGUUCUCUAUUAUUAUGACAGUGAAUCUUUCUAAAAAAAAUCUACAACCAUAAAAUGUCGAAAGAAAUAAAAAAGGAAUGGGAGAGACCUUGGACAACUGAAGAAAUUGUCCAACAUGCUGAUAAUUGGAAUUUGGCAUGUGAUACUGCUCUGUUGCAUACAUUAAAAACAUUUGGUGAUAAUUUAUUGGAGAAAGCCGAGAAUGUCAAUGAAAGAAUUCAGAAUCUCAGUGAGAAUUUGAACAGAGUGCAUCUGCAAGUUGACCUGGCUAGGAAUGAAUUGAGUAGUCUGAGAAACACUCAAUUUGUGGAGUGUAGAGUUUAUGAAGAUGAUGAAACACUUCAAUUGGAACAACAAAUAAAUGAAGAGGUAAACAAUGUGCCUGAAGAAGAAACUAUAGAAGAUUUUAGAGAAGUUGUAGCUUUAGGUUUGGAAAUUUUGGAUAAUUUUUAUGAUAAAGUUGAUAUAACAGUGAGUGAUAGUGAGGGAGAAGAUGAAGAUGGACCUAGUUGUGUUUAUAGAAGAAUAGAUCCUUAUAUUAACCGGAGACUUCCACUAGUUAUUGGUUCAGAAGAAUGGCACAAAAAGUGGCACAUAGGAUUAGAAGAGACUGAUAGUGAGAAUGAAAAUUCUUCUGAAAAACUAAGUGAUUCAGAAAAAGAAGACAACUUUUUACAAAAUGAAGAUCACUCAGAUGUAAGUUCGGAAUUCUCAAAUUUCUCUGGUUUGAACUCCACAAAGGUAGGACCUUUGACUGUCCCAACAAUUAAUACAACAAAUCAGGAUCAUUCUACAUCUGCAAGUGAGUCAGAUAAUUCUUCAGAGCCAACGCCGAAAAAUCUAAGCUUUGCUGAGCAGUUGGCUGCAAAAUUGGGAAAUGUAAUAAGAGAAAAAGAAGUUCAUUUAGAGGAAUCUGAAGUUAAUAGGCGUCCUGUUCAGAAGAAACCUAGUGAUUAUGGUGCCUUAUUUUCUAAUGAACCACCUCCUUUGGAUGACAUCAAAGAGCAAGAAGGUAUUUUUUCAGGGGGAAAAGGUUUAUUUGAUGAUGAUGAAGACGAUGAUUUAUGGAAUCCAGGUAAAGCUAAAAUACCCCAAAGUAAACAUUUUCCUAUUGAACAAAGGAAACCUGGAAAAUUUGGAAAGUCAGAUAAGAACCAAGACCUUUUCGAUGAUGACAGCGAUGAUGAUAUUUUUGCCAGUUCAAAUUAUACUGUUCCUACACAAAAUAAAAAACCUUAUAUUCAGGCCAAUAAACCUUUGUUACCUGCUUUUGAUGCAGAACCUCCGCUAUUGGAAGAGCAAACAAAUACCAAAGAAAAUAAGAAACCAACAGGUGGAGUAUCAAUAUUUGGAAAAUCUGAUAUCUUCCAUCAUCAAAACGUAGGAAAAAUAUUAAAACAGAGAAAACGCAGCUCAUCCGAAUCUUCUAAUGAAGAUGAAAACCAUGUCCCUACAAAAGAAGAAAUUAAAUCACCUGUCAGUAGUACUAUUAGUUUUGUUGAUAAAGGGAUGGUCCCAAAUAUACAACACCAACAUUUUUAUGAAAAAACCAUAUCUUCAGUGCCUCAAAGUAACGAACCAAAAAAGAAAAAAAGUGCGCUUUUUGAUAGUGAUAUUUUUAGUGAUGAUUUAUUUUCAAGUGUAAAUAAAAGUCCAUCAGGUUUAUUUGAAAAAAGUGUUAUAUUUUCUGAUGAUGAAAUCAUGACACCUGUUUUGUCUGAAGGGUUUACUUCUCAAGAAGAUUCAUCAAAGAGUAAUGAUAAAAUAGGUAAACCUAAAAAUCCAUCUAUUGGAAAUAUAACAUCACCUGAGACACCAAAUACAGAAUAUAACUUUGGAAAAAAUUUCAAAGGUAGUACAAGUUCUUUAUUUGAUGAUAUGAGAGUUAAUGAAAUUUCCAAGCUCAAAGGCCAUAUAAAUGAUGCUAAAAACCAAAAUGAAAUUAAAAACGACUCCAAAAAAAGUGAAAAAAUUGGAAAACCUGAUAGUGAUACAAGUAAUAAAAAAACAAGUUCAAGUCUUUUUGAUGAUUUAACUGAUGUUGAUGACCUAUUUUCGGAAAUAUCAAAAACAAAUCAUGAUUCAAGAAAUGAGAAAACAAUAAGUUUUUCUUUUGAUGAUAAUGAAGAUGACGAUUUCGAUAUAUUUUUGGCGAAAAAGUCUAAAAAAGUUGAGACCUCUAUUGAUAUCCAAAAAGCUACGAAAAAGGAAGAAACCAAAGAGAAGAAUUAUAAAUCGAACAAAAUCAAGAAUCCAAGCAUAAGUCUUUUUGGGGAUGAUUUGGAUGACAUGGAUGAUUUGUUUUCACAAUUUUCAAAGAAAAAUGAUAAAAUACAAACUUUGAAAUCGGAAAUAUUAUCUGAAUCAUUUCAAUCUAAUUCUAAAGAUUUAUAUGACAUACCUGAUAAAAAUGCAACUAUAAAAGAAGAAAUAUCCAAAGAGAUAGACAAUGAUGUAAUGGGGGAACCGUCAUAUAUUGCUGAAACUAAAAAUUCAAAAGCACAACCAGUAACAGCAGAUUUAUCACCAAGAAAUACUAUCAUAAACAAGGAAGAUGAAAUAAGUGAUCCAAAAAAUCAACCUAUUGACAGUACCAAAAAAAAAGGAGAGUCAAGCAAAGAUGAGCCUAAAAUUUCAGAAAUACACACGGAAGAAAAAUAUCAAGUAAUAGAAAAAAAUAAUAAAAAGCCAAAUUUUUCAGCAGAUGCUAAAAAUGAGGAAUAUAAAAAUUUACAUAAUGUUCUAAAUGUUAACUUCAUGGAAUCAAUUCCACCACCAGAUGAUGAUUGGGACGCUUACUCUGAUAACACUUUUGAUGAGGUGGAUCCUGGAAAUGAUGGAUUCCAUAGUCAAUCAUCAAGUUUAUUUGACAACGAACCACCAUCAUUAUUUUUUGAUGAUACAUGUGUUACCUCCAAGGAACCUAAAAAUAAUAGAUUGGUUCCUAUUCAUUCCAUGUCUCAAGAGGUAUUAUCUAGUAACUUUAGCAUUAACCUCCCCAGUUGUGAUGAUGAAGAAGUACAAAAUAUUUCAACCAAUAGUCCGCAAAAUGCCAAUCCUAAGUACAAUAAUGACUCCAAGUUGGUAUCAGGCAAUAUUAUUACCAAUAUAAAUGAUUCAAAAAUUAUUUCUAAUGACAGUGAACAUUCUCCUGAUUCCAAAACAGACAAAAGAGAGUUACAAAUUGAAGAUAAAAAAAUCAAGACAACUGUUUCUAGUGACAUUAUAUCAUCAGAAGAUAAUAAUUUGGUUUUGUCAGUGGAUUCUGGGGACAAUAAGAAAACCGAAACUGGUGAUAGCUCAAAUAUUGUAGAAAAAAAUGAAAAAAGUGAAAAUCCUUCAUUAUUUGAUAUACCUGAAGCUACAAACCCAAAUCAAACACAAGGUUUACUAUUCAAAGAUGACCUAGAUGGAGAUCAGACUGAUUUUUUGUUCUCAAAUAUAAAACAGAGUAGUGAUGAUAGGAACAACAAGAUAAGCAAAAACAUUAUCAGUAAUGAUAAAAGAAUUGCAAAAAGCGUAUCAUUUGAUGAUAAUUUAGAUGAGAAUCCAAUUCAAUCAGUUGUUGCAGCUGAUAGUGAUGACAAUAUGCAAAGUAAUAUAUCUAAAAUAACUCAAAAACUGCAGCAGAUAUCUAAUAAAAAUGAAGAAAAAACAAAACCACUUGCUGUACCUCGAAAACUAUCUCAUAACAUUAACAUCAAUGUUGAGGCUCUUCUACCUGGAUCAGGAACAGCAUUUUCUAAAAGAGAUAGAACUCAAAUCCCUGAUGCGAGCGAGAAGUUAUCUAGAUCCUUGCCAGCUUCAAGAUUUAGCCUGAAUGAGGAGUUUUUGAUAAAAUCCAAAGCUCCAAUCACUGAUACAAAUUCCAAACCAGAAUAUAAGAUAGAAAAAUCGAUCAGUUUUGACUCUGGUGCAGAUAUUGAAGUUUUGCAGAGUAUCACAAAGGACAGAGCUAAAAUACCAGUUAAAAGAAGGCCAUCGUCUAGAAGAGCAAGACAAAAAUCUCUUAGAGAUUCGAUUUCAGAUUUUAGGCUAGAAGAUCCCAUUUCUGAUGAGGUCAUAAGUUCUGCAAUUGAAAAGCGAGAUUCAGUUGAUGAAUCGCUCAAUAGUGGAAUAACUCGAGAUGAACGGUCGUCGGUUAAUUCAGUGGAUAUAGAAAAGGAGGAUAAACUUUUGAACCACAUGAAAGAUAGUUCAGAAGAUUUAUUCAAAACUAUUAGUAAAAGCAUAAAAAAUGUCAGCCAGGCAACUAUUUUAAGUACAAAAAAGAAAGAAUUAUUUAAAGAUAAAUUGGAUGAUUCAUUUAAGAAUGAAACAACAGUUACGGAUACCAUAGAUGAUUUGUUACAAGAUGAGAAUCUUUUUGGAGGUGAAACGCAGGUAUCCAAGGAAAUAAAUGAAACUCAAAAAGAAUACUCAGAGGGAAAUACUUCGUAUAAUAUUGAAAAAUCAAUAUUUGUAGAUGGUAACCUCAAAAUUAAAGAAGAAAGUCCUUAUGAAUUUUCUCAAAGUAGUGAAAAUUAUUCAGAAUCCAAAAAGUUAAGUAUGGAAAAAAAAUUGCACAACUUAUUUGAUUCAUCUGACGAUGAUGAUAUUUUCAAAAAUGCAGUGAAAAAAUCUAAAAGUUUUGAAGAUAAUAAAAAACAAAACAAACCAUCGGUGUCUAUGAUUGGAAAAAUGGCAGGCCAGGCUGAUAGUAGUUCUUCAAAUGUCCAAAGUAAAAAAUCGAAAUCCAAUAAUAUAUUUGAUUCUGAUGAUGAUGAUGAUUUUUUGGGAAAUUUGAAAAGCAAAAAAAAUGAUAAAACUAAAGAAAAAAAAUCCAUUCUGAAAUAUCAUGGAAAUAUAUUCGACGAUAUGGAUGAUGAUAUUUUUGGUACAAGCAGUAGAGAGAGUGAAACCAAAAAAGAUAUUAAACCUUCUGUGAUCAAUAAAAAACCUUCAUUGUCAACUAGUUUACGUAAAUUGGAAAAUAUUGAGGGAAAAGAAGAUCCCCUAUCAGCACUGUUGAAAUGAAAAGUUUAUAUAUUUGUUAUCUUUUAUCUAUUUUAAGAAUAAUUAUUACUCCUAUUUAACAUUUAUCCAAUUCAAAAUAUUUAUAUAUCAGAUUACAAAUUAUUGAAAAUUUGUUCCUAUUUGUACCUAACCAUACAGGAAUACAAUAAAUAUUAUUUUUACGAUAA